UCUUGGCGGCUCUUACCUGUCUUUUACUUUUCUUACACAAAUUAUAUCUCUCUCUCCCUCUCUAAUAUUGACUCUACUCAUCCAAGAAAAACUCCAUGGCCAUGGAUUCAGCUUUUCAAGGUGUAAUAGCUGCAACCCUAAGCUUCAUCAUCGUAACUCUCCUCUUCGCCAUCCUCAUCUUCGUUUGCAAAAAAUCUAAAACUAACAACAUUACACGACCCCGAAACCCGACACGAACACGAACCGUUCCCAGCUCUGUUUCGCUGACCGAAACAGCCAGCUUUGACCCAAGCCUGCCUUCCUUUUCUCUCUCUGACCUCGUAAAAGCCACCCAAAAUUUCUCGCCGGAUCUCAUCAUCGGCGACGGAAGCUUUGGAUUAGUUUACAAGGCAAAUUUAUGGAAUUCUAAUAUAGUAGCGGUCAAGAAAUUGUCCGCCGAUGCUUUCCAGGGUUUCCGAGAAUUUCGCGCUGAAAUGGAAACCCUGGGAAAGAUACAGCACCCGAACAUCGUUAAGAUGCUCGGGUACUGUGCCACCAAUCUGGAUCGGAUUCUGAUUUACGAGUUUAUCGAGAAAGGGAGUUUGGACCAAUGGCUAUGCGACACGUCACCGGACUCUAUGUCAGAAACCAAAUUACCGUUAUCUUGGGAAACGAGAUUGAGUAUUAUUGGUGACGUGGCAAGAGGGCUAUGUUUUAUGCACAAUUUGGAGACUCCUAUUAUUCAUAGAGAUAUAAAGGCUAGUAAUGUAUUGCUUGAUUCCAAAUUUGGGGCUCAUAUUGCUGAUUUUGGAUUAGCUAGGAGGAUGGAAAGUACGGAUUCACACGUGUCCACGCAGGUUGCGGGAACGAUGGGCUAUAUGCCGCCUGAGUAUUUUCACGGCUCCACCAUCGCGACGCCAAUGGGAGAUGUUUAUAGUUUCGGAGUGUUGAUGUUGGAGAUUGCAACCGGGAGGCGGCCUAAUUGGCCUUUUAAGGAUGAUGGUGGCAAGGACAUUAGAAUAGUGGAAUGGUGCAAAAAAAUGGUCCAACAAAAUUCAGAAAUGAAGAUUAUUGAUAGUGCCAUUUUGAAAGAGGACUUGAAAGAGAAACAGGUUGUGGAGUUUUUCAGGAUUGCUUUGUUGUGUGUAGAAGAAUCGGCUCCUAAGCAUAGGCCUUCGAUGAUUGAGGUUGAAGAAUACGGCCAGCAGAACAAUUACGUGAGACAAGCAGAAAACUGUUAUAUGAAAGUCCUGCCAUCUGAUACUGCCAGAGCUCCAACUACAAAUUCAGGAAUUCGACCUGUUGUGAACCCGUCUGCUGCAAGCCCCCUGUUCAGUUUUUCCCCAGCAUUUCUUUUAGCACUGCUUGGAGCUACAUUUUUAAAGUACUAUUACUAGUUUUUUGGGAGCCUCGUAAUCAUGUCACCAAAUUUCAGAACUAUACUUCUGGAAAUAGGCUUUGAGUGAGUUACUGGAUUUCCUAUGUUAUGUAAUUUUUUACGAUUUUGUUUCUGUAAAGAUAAAAUUAGUUCACAUCAGGGAAUUGUUUGUUCACAUCUUAACCAACAAUUCAGUGGCUGAUCCUUCUAAAUUAUGGGAGCAAAACUGGAAGCCAGUGUCUGAUGAUAUCCUCUAUAAAAGACGGCUUGAUUGGAACAAUCUGACUCUGCAGCUUAGUGAGAUGGAUAUCUAUAAUUAUACUCUAGCAGGUCUCAGUCUUCCGUCCAGAAACGUUCUAGUUGUACGGGAAUCUUCUUCAAUUUCCCACAAUCAGUUUUUUGAAAACUUCUAAGUGAAGGGAAUGCUCCGUCUUCAGCUUGCCAUUCUUCCAGUUCUGGGAAAUCUAUGAAUCUUAAAAUUUGAAGACUUGGAAACGCAUUAUGACUGUUAACCAUUGUUUUUCCCAUGUACACACUAUCCAACUCAAGAGCCGUAAGAUUUGGUAAAUCUCCGAGGGUAGGCAUUGGAUCUUCUCUAAAAUCACUACAAACCAGUCUUAAAUCCGUGACUGAAUCUGGCAGAAAACUUAGUUCUGAUGGAGAUAUUAUAGUACCCAAUAAGUCGACGCUCUUGAGAUGCUGGCAAUAUGAAAGUGGUUUGCUUGUUGGAAUAAUGGCAGAAAAAAAAGAUAGGCUUAAUGUUUGGAGACUUGUUAAGUCAGCUAUGGACUGCAACGUGUAUGCAUAUCCUCCUCCUCCUCCAUUUGAUGAUGAAUCUUCUGAUUCUUCUACUAUAGAUAGUGUAUGGAGGUUGGUGAUCAUGCCAGUGUCAAUCUCAAGCCAGUCCUUGUACUGUACAAGACUUAGAGUCUCGAGCUUUUUCUGGUUGUUCCCAAUCUUUAUGCUCCCACUAUAGUAUCCAAACGUUAGAUGCCUCAACUCUUUUAAUUCCCAUAUUUCUCUAGGAAGUUUGUAACAUUUAUAGUCUGAGCCACACAAAGUUUGCAGCCUUUUCAGCUUGCCUAUACUUGGAGGAAUUACUAAUGCUUCCUCAGAGAUACCACCCAUUAAGCCUAAGAACUUGAGGAGAACUAAAUCUCCAAUUUCUUCCGGUAUCCUCUCAGAAUUCACACUUGUCAAAUCUAGCACCUUGAGUUUUUUGAAUCUGGUAUACAUCAACUUCAUUUCUUGUAAGUUGACUCUACCACUUAAGUUAUUUAGUGCCAACGAACGCAUUUUUAAACAAUCAGAUCUACCCCCAGACAAUUCAAAGUACUCACCAAUUCCAUUGUAAAUGGCUUGACGUGGUUGUCCUUCCAACAGAUGGAUGGAAUUUCGGUGUUGUUGACUUGAGUCAAAUGUUACUAACAACUUGUGCUCCAUCGCCUUAUUUCUGGCAAGUUCAUGUACAAGAUCAUGGACUCGACAUUCCAGGACUUUUCCGUUCCAGUGCACCGUUGCAAUCUGAAUCAAAUUACGACUAAUUAGAUCAUUCAGAUAAUCAUUAGCUAAAUCCUCCUUGACUACUCCGGAUCCUGUGUUAUCUUCUGGUAUGAGUUCCUCUGCAAUCCAUAAAAGCUUCAACUGGUGAGCGCCAAUAAUAUGGUCUCCUGGGAACCUCGCGAGGUAGAGAAAACAAUCCCGGAUCUGGGAAGACAAGUUAUCAUAGCUCAAGCUUAGUAUUUCUUCUAUGUCCACCGACUCGUCCUUCAAGUGCCUCCAAAUAUGCUCCUUCACCUUUGACCAAUACUCAUAGCUCCGGUUUUGCAAUAAUAGGCCGCUCAGUACCACGAUUGCAAGUGGCAAACCUCCACAUUUGCCAACCAUUUCCAUUCCUAACUUUUCCAUUGUCGGGGUUGUUGGUUUGGCUUUCUUACAAAACAACUUCCAGCUCUCCUCUUCCUUCAAAAAUUGUAAUUGAUGCACAAAACAUUUAUCAUCUACUGUUUCUGCUACUUUUUUGUUUCGGGUGGUUAUGAUAAUUCUACUACCAUUCUCGUCAUUGGGAAAUGCAAUUUUAAUCACUUCCCAAGCCUUUAUAUCCCAUAUAUCAUCAAUCACUGCAAUAUAGCGGCCUUGACCUUGUAGUAACUUUCGCGUGUGCUGUAGCAGAUCUUGCUCAUCCAUCUUUGACAAUUCUUUUUCGUGCUCAAGUCCCAUAAAAGACUUUAUCAACCUCUUCAGAACAUCUUUAAUGUUAUAGUCCAUAGAAACACAAACCUUGGCACGAGUGUCAAAAUGGCUUAACUCAUUACUGUUGUACAACUUGGUGGCAAGUGAAGUCUUGCCCAGGCCCCCCAUUCCGUGAAUGGAAAUGACUUUGAGGGAGGGAUCCGUGCUGUCAAGUUGAGCCAUCAAAGCCUUGAUAUCAUCCUCAAAGCCAACCACAUCCACCUGGUUAUCAAUAGCAGUUGUUCUCAAUAAGGUUCUGUUUUUCUGUUGCACGUUUGGAGUGGCUAAGAUGUCGUUAAUGCCAUACUCGUUUCGCCUCUUCUUGAUCACGGUGAUCCUUUUCUUGAGUAUCUCGAUAUCUUUGCCAAUACCACAAAGCACAGAUUCUCUCUUGCAAAUGCAAAUACAAGUCUGAAAACGAUCCAGUAUACCUCGUUCCAGGCCUGCGUAUUCUUCCUGGUGAGACCUAAACUUCUGCAGGAUUGUAACAGCAUCAUUCGCGACAUCUCUGACAUCGUUUACCCAUUUGCAGAUUACUUCCUCCGUCUGCCUUGCUUCGGCGUAUCUGACAGCAGGUUGCAGGUAGCCUAAUUCAUCUUUGAGCCACCUUACACCAUCUUUUACUCCUAUCCUUAUGUUAACUUGUUGUGUAAGAAAGUCUCUAAUUCUUUCAAGUGCAAAAGCUACAGUUCCGUCGGCCAUUCUUGUCUGAAAUGUAUAUGGAAAUUCUUUAGGCCUUAACUAUGUUCAAAUUAAGAAGUGUUUGUUAAUACCAUUCUUCGUGGAAAGAUCAUGUACCUUUCAUUGUUUGAAAUGUAUAUGGAAAAAUUGCUUGGUUCACAUUGUAAUUGUA